UAUAAAACCGCUUCUUAUUGAGCGUGUUGAAAAUAUUAUUAAAAAAAACCUUUUUUAAAACAAAACUGUAAAAAAAAUAAUCCUUUUCAUUUCUCAGUAAUAUGUCAGCAAACAAAAUUCUCUUCGAGAGAGGUGCACGGAAAACCUCUCAAUCCGACCAAUAUGAUGGGGUGGAAGGAAACGACUGGGAUGACACUUCGCUCAACUCUGCAUACGAUACAGCAAUGAAAAUAGCUAAGGCUGAGGUCGCGAAACGAGUGGCUAUGUCUACAAAUACUAAACUAGAUAACCGCAAUGACCAAAAGCCAUCCAAAAAGCCUUCGAAAAUUAAACAACCGGUGGCUAGCUCAUCGAAAACGAAGGAAUGGAAAGCUGGCAUGGCAUGCAGAGCAGUGUAUGAAGAAGACGGGCUCGAAUAUGAGGCUUUUAUACUCCGAAUAGUGGAAGAUCAGCAGCACUGUGUAGUUAGAUUCUUAGGAUAUGAAAAUUGCGAAAUGGUGCCUCUAGACAGUCUAACCCCGAGCCUUGGGAAGAAUGCUCGUCAAAAGCAAAUCGAAGAAGCAGCGCUUGAGAAGGAAGAUUAUACAGAGUGCGAGAGUGACAGAACUACGAGUAAGAAAGAGAACCAGACGGAGCCAAACUUGGAGUGGAGAGAGUGUGGGAGCGAUAGAGUCCUGAGCCCUGGUAGUACAGAAUACUCUUAUGAAAGAAAACAGAAAUCGCCCAAGAAGAAGAAGAAUCAAAAGCCAAAUUUCGAGAUGCCUGAAAUGCCGUUCUCAAUGCCUAGUAUGCCGAAUAUUCAAAUGCGGAGUAUGAUGGCAAAUCUUGGUUCCCUAGACAUGCCGCUGCCCCCUCCACCGAUUUCAAUCCCAACAGAACGCCCCGACCCGGAGGAACAAGCGGUCUCUUCCAUGCUGAUGAGCUGGUACAUGAGCGGGUACUACACAGGACUGUACCAGGGAAUGAAACGAGCAAAGCAGAGCCGCAAGCGAAUGUGAUUUUCAACAAACAAGCAAGCAAGCAACCAAGCAAGCAAGUGAAAGCAUGAUUUCCAUUUUUAUAAAAUGAAUUAUAGUUUUCCAUACCUAGUAUUAAAUUAAUAUGAAUAUUAGGAAGUUCAUUUAAAAAAGAUUCUGCGGAUGUAAACGAUUUUAUGUACAAAAUAUACAAUUUUAAUACUUCUA